AUGCAUACGCCGCAAAAUCAGGCAGCACACCAAAGAAGAGUCUUAUUUGAGAAGUGCAAAAUACGCAGAACUCGCCCCAAAGUUUGCACCCUUCCUUGGUAUGGUAUAGGCGCUGCAUAUAGGACGGCCAAGUCUGGUAUCAGUAUUAUUGGUGUCAGUACCUUUCAACCAGAUAUCGUACUACGAUGCAUCAUCCCAGUCAUUAUGUCUCGAAUAAUUGCCGUAUACUCACUUGUCAUUGCCGUUCUUAUCGCCGAUGAUCUCGAUCCUUCCAAAACCUACACUUUGUUCUCGGGAGUUUUACAUCUCGCAAGUGGUCUGACGGUCGGUCUUACUGGUAUUGCUGCUGGUUAUUGUAUUGGAAUUGUCGGUGAUGCUGGAGUUCGAGCUUUUAUGGAACAACCGAAAGUAUAUACGGGUAUGGUCCUCAUUCUCAUUUUUGCCGAGGUCCUUGGUCUCUAUGGGCUGAUUGUCGCUAUUCUGCUUAAUCAAAAAAAGUAG